AUGCAUCUAUUUGAUAAAUUACGAGCAAGUUUUCGACGAAAAUCAAAUAAAACUGAAUUAACAUUAUCGCAACAAAUUGAAAAUUUACUUAAUCAAUCCAAUGUAUCAUCACAAGGUGAUCAACGUUUACUUUUACUUCGUUUAGUUUAUGAACAUAGAUCCAGACAAUUUAAUGCAUUAAAUGUACCUUCAAAUGAUUCGAAACGUCUUGAAUUUGAAAGAUCAAUGCUUAAAAGUCUUCUUGCAAUAACAACAACAUCAUCAUCAACAACAACAACAACAUUGAACGAUAAAUCACAAUCAAAUUUUCAACGAUCAUCACGUCUAUAUAAAUCUAUGCCAAUGGCGACCUCUGAUUUACCAAUAAUUAUUGUCGAAUUUGGUCAACAACGACAACGUAUUAAAUUGAAUAAAAUUUAUUUUACUAUAAAUGAAUUAUUAGAAUUAUUUUCUCAAACAUUUCAAAAUUUAAUUGAUUUAAAAAAAUAUGAAAUUUUUUUAUUUAAUAAACAACUUGAUUCGAUGACACAUAUUGAUUUUUCUCAAUUGAAUAAUUAUCAACGUUUUAAAAUCAAAUUAAAGAAUAAUCGAACAAUAGAACAAUUUGAUUCAUUCAAUCAUAAUGAUUUAUUUUCUUCAUCCAUGAGUAGUGACAGAAAUGAGAUUACACUCAUUGACGAAGACAAUCAAGCAAUUCAUUCGCAGAAAUCAGUGAAUGAAAUAUCGAAUAGUUCAUUGAUUGGAAAUCUUAUACAUCAAUCUAAUCAAGAUCUAACUGUUCCACCUGGUUUUAAGCCUUUAUCAAUAACUAAUCGUAUAUCUUCCCAAGAUUCUCAAAGUACUGAUGAAGGCAUCGGUCGUGAUACUGCAAGUCUAUCAAUAUUUGAAUCAACACAUAGUGAUUAUGAAUUAGGAAGUAUAUAUUUUGAAUGUCGUGAAGAUGCGACAAUUAUAAAUGAACCAAAUCCCAAAGCAAUCACUGACAAUAGUAAACUGGAAUGGCGUAAUCAAUUAUGUCGUCCACGUCCACGUUCUCAUUGGAACAGUAAUAAAGUCAAAUAUCAAACAAAUUAUAAUAAAGAGCAAUUUGGUGAUAAACCUCAUUUGAAAAAACCAAUUAAUCCAAAUAAAGCACCAUUACCACCUGAAAAGAAAAAGAACAUUCCAUGCAAAUAUGCUGCUGGUGGCAAUUGCAAACGAGGUAAAACAUUGAAAAUGACAUUACUCGUUAUGUUUGAAAUUUAUUUAGGAAGUCAAUGUCGAUUUAUUCAUGUUGUCUAA